CUUUGCCGAGGUAAACUUUAAGACCUCGGCGACUGGUGAUAUCUUCAGAGAAUUGUACACAGGUUAUCUGUACUGUAGAUUGAGAACUGACAGGAGUAGCAAUCUUAAGCACACUCUUUGCUAUCUGAAUAUCGGGGAAGCUUGUUUUAUUGUAUCGACUUGAAAGGUUUAUCUUUACUGAAUUUGCACCAUGAAGUUCGUAAGAUUUCUCAUGAAGAAUGCUGCGCUGGCGAAUGUACCCAAGCAGAUAGACCAUUUCUCAAAAUUUUCUCCAUCUCCUCUGUCAAUGAAGCAAUUCUUGGAUUUUGGCUCCACGAACGCCUGCGAGAAGACCUCGUUCGCCUUCCUGCGACAAGAGCUGCCCGUCCGGCUGUCCAACAUCAUGAAGGAGAUUAGCCUUAUGCCAGACCGCCUGCUCUCCACCCCAUCCGUGCAGCUUGUACAGAGCUGGUACAUCCAGAGUCUGAUAGAAAUCCUGGAAUUCCUUGACAAGAGACCUGACGACCACAGUAUUUUAGAUGCGUUUAACGAUGCCUUGGUGACCAUCAGGAACCGGCACAAUGACGUGGUGCCCACCAUGGCUCAGGGGAUCAUUGAAUACAAAGAUGCGUUUGGUCCGGACCCCGUCACCAGCCAGAACAUUCAGUACUUUCUGGACCGCUUCUAUAUGAGCCGCAUCUCUAUUCGUAUGCUCAUCAACCAACACACUCUUGUCUUUGAUGGGACCACCAAUCCAGCUCAUCCUUACACUAUCGGGUGCAUUGACUCUCAGUGCGAAGUCACUGAGGUUAUCCGAGAUGCCUUUGAGAGCGCCAAGAUGCUCUGUGAACAGUACUACCUGGGAGCUCCUGAGCUUGAGAUGAGAGAGAUUAAUGCUAAUACCAGGAACGAGGCAAUCUCCAUAUCUUAUGUCCCCUCCCACUUGUACCAUAUGUUGUUUGAGCUCUUCAAGAAUGCUAUGAGGGCAACUUUUGAGAACCAUGAAGACAGCUACAAUCUUCCUGCAAUCCAAGUUACUGUGGCCCUAGGUGGAGAAGACCUUACAAUUAAGAUGAGUGAUAGAGGUGGCGGUGUUCCCUUCAGGAAGCUCGAUAGACUCUUCAGCUACAUGUAUUCUACAGCUCCAAGACCAAAUAUCGGGGAACACCAGAGAGCCCCACUGGCUGGGUUUGGCUAUGGGCUCCCCAUCUCUCGCCUCUAUGCUCGCUACUUCCAGGGAGACCUACAGCUGUUCUCCAUGGAGGGUUAUGGCACAGAUGCAGUUAUUCACAUGAAGGCUCUGUCCACUGAUUCUGUGGAGAAGUUGCCGGUGUUCAACAAGACUGCCCUGCGGCAUUACAAGUUCAGCCAAGAGGCCGAUGAUUGGUGUGUGCCCAGUAAGGAGCCCCUCGACCUGGCAGUGUACCGCGUGACCAAGUGAGCUGUAUGUCACUCUGUGCCAUGAAGACAUGGCACUUGGCCCAGAGGAAAAGAAAAAAAACAAAGUGGGUGAGAUGGGACCUGCUGCCAAUGGAGGCUGCUGCUAGAGGAGACCCAACCUGCUGGAGAGCCUUCGCCUCGGAACAGAACUGAUGGAAGUCCGCUGCCCGAUUGAGGGUAGAACAAUGGAUGUGAUGUCACAAUGUGACCAGAGUUCUGAGAAAAAAUGGACACGACAAAACAAAACAUGUAAUGAAAAUACCAAUGCAUGCUGAUGUCACAAACCAAAAGCUCUUCCAGAAUGACGUGAUGACUAGUGCUAGCUGGCCCGGUCAUUGGUUGUGAGGAGAACUCUGAGGGUACAAAUUGAUAAGUCAGUGGGGAAAACAGAUGCAUAAAUCUCAUCUUUUAUUGAUGAUGGCUGCAGAGAAUGGAAAAGAUACAACAACCGUCCGAAAGUUGAUAGUGACUGAAGUGCUGAAAGUCAUUGGAAGGUGCAAAUGAUGAAAAUGAAAUACAUUUCAGGUGGAGAGGCACAUUAGAAGGAGAUAUCAUUUCAACGCGGCAUGCAUUUUGUUAAGUAGCAUUGCCCAAAUAUGCCAAAGGUAUUUUUAUAAUUUCAACUCCUUUAAAAGUAAUAAUAUAAUACAUUGUUGUCCAUUACAUUUUAAUUAUUUAAAUACUGGCACAUUCUCAUGUGGGGGUUCACCAGAGGCUCAGAAGUUUUUACAUAUCACUGUGUUAUGAACAAAGACCAUUGCCUUUGCACAGACAAAUAUUUCUUAAUAGAUUCCUUAGUCAAAACUGGCUUUGCUAGAGUGAUCAUUGAGAUGGAGAUUUUGUCUAGGGCUAUUGUGCAAAAAUUGAAAGUAUACUCAAUUUCAAUUGUUCUGUAUGAUCAGAAUGUCUGGUUUGCAGUAUUUGGAGUUCUUGUUAAGUGCUUUGUGCAGAUCAUGUUUUAAUGUAGUAUGCGGAAAAAAUGCUUGAAAAUGCCUUUUCCACAUAGAGGCUAUAUGCCCCCAUAACUUGACAGCUGGCACCAGAAUGGCGUGUCAGUCAAAGGAGUGAUGUGAUAAUCCGUAUUGGUCCAAUGUAAAUUGAUUAUUUUUUUUUACAAAUGACUGUAUGGUUUGUAUUAUGGCUUGUGUAAUAUUUUACUGAAAUGAGAUAACCAUUUCUAAGCAACUUUAUUUUUAUACAAAACGAAACAAUUCUGAAUAAAACAUUUGUAGUUUUCAGAAA